AUGCACUACAUCUACCUGGAAGCCAGUGGCAACACUCCCAACCAGGAGUUCACGCUGGAGAGUCCCCAAUUCACCAAGGGCGAUGGCGCAGAAAGGUAUCUGCAGUUUCGCUACCACAUGUAUGGAGGCAGCAUGGGCAGCCUGUCACUACAGUCCUGGGUUGGUGACACCUGGGCAACGACGUGGUCACGAUCUGGCAAUCAGGCCGACGUUUGGCAUCAUGCCUAUGUAAGGCUGCCUGAUGAUGCACAAGCACUUCGUUUCCACAUCAUAACCGGGAGUGGUUUUAGCAGCGAUAUGGCUUUGGAUGCAGUGGACACUGGCGCUGCAAGCCAUGACUCCGUGGCGUGCAGCUUUGACCCCACCACUUGUGGCUGGGUAGCCUCUGGUGACCAUGACCAGGAGGCCACUUUCCUGUACGUGACAGGCAGCUGCACUCCGGACGUGAAUGGGUGGUACCAAGUGCAAGGCCAAACCCUCAGUGGGCGACCCUACUACAAGCGUGUGGAUCCAAACGAUGAGAGAUACAUCUACCACGAUCCUCACUGUGCUGGAGGCAGCACUUACAUGCCUCGCUGGAUAUUUGACAAGGACGCCCCAUCGGUCACUGCUUCCAAGGAUCUUGAUGGCGAUGGGGGGUGCAGUUACGCUUCAAGGUUGUCCAGUGAUGACGUGCUGCCUCCACUCACCGCAACAUGGAGAAGCUGGUGCGACGGAUGGACCAAUGACGCAGUGAGCGCGGGACGGUCAGAGUCCGUUCUGCAAAGCCCAUUCUUCAGCGAAGGAGGCGGCGACGAGAGGUCUGUGUACUUCAGCUUCCGCAUGUAUGGCAACGAGGAGUUUGGAUAUCUGCAGCUGCAGAGUUGGGACGGCUUGAAUUGGACGACCAUUUGGUCCGCCUCAGGGAAUCAGGGCGAUAUGUGGUUUCGACUUCGUGCAAGCUUGCCUGCCGAUGCCCAAGCCUUGCGCUUUCGAGGUGUCAUCGAGCAGGGGCUUUCCGGCGACCUCGCGUUGGGGGCAGUGCGCACAGCGGCGGUCCUACCACAAGAGCUGGCUUGUGAGAGCUUUCAAGUUUCUGGCUGUUUGUGGUUCGAUAACAGUUCCACGUCUGCCACGUGGCGCCAGGCAGGUCCGGACGCUGCGGGUAGCUUCUUCUUGCAGUGGAUCGGGACGGAUGGCCUAUCUGCUGCCCUCGAAAGCGCGGAGAUCCAAACAAAUGCCUCGGACGCGACUUUCUUCCUCAACUUCCGGCUUGAGGGACCCACUGCUGCUCUAAGAGUGCAGCACCUCACAGAGGAUGGCACCUGGACCGAUCUGCAGACAUCGCCUGCGUCUCUGGCAUCGCCCCAUGUCUCAGAGACGCUUCAGCUCAUGGGCCCCAUCUCGAAGUCUCGGGCACUGCGUUUGCUGGCCACCACGAAGAGCUCGGAGGACGUGGUGAGCAUCAACUCCUUCCACGUGGAGUUGGUCGCCUUCGCGGGCCUCAGCGAGGCGCAGUGCGACUUCGAGGAGGACUUCUGCGCGUGGGCCGGGACCUGGUCGAGCUCUGCCGGGCGCGCCGAUGGCUUCCCAGCCUGGCGCGGCCAGCUGUUCGCCUACGUGACGCAAGGGCAGUGGGAGUCUACCGAGGAGGCAGUCCUGACGAGCCCCUUCUUUCCAGGCGUCGCUGGUGUUGCCUACCUGGCCUUUGCGUACCGAAUGAAAGGCUGGGGAACCUACAGUCUGCAACUUGAUGUGUGGGGUGAAGGCCGUUGGCAGACAAGAUGGUCCAAGAUUCGUGAACAAGGAGACGGGAGCUGGGAGCAGGUGAAGCUACUGCUGCCAGCAACCGCACGCCGUGUGCGCUUCAAGGGUCUAGCAGCCACUGACCAGUACACUCCCGAUGCUGUCGACAUUGCUAUUGAUGACCUGUUCUUGCAUGUGCAAGAAGCUGCUGCUCCAGCUGCCAUGACUCCAGUUCUUGGUUGGGAGCACACGUGUGUCCUAGCUGCGGGGCAGCUCAAGUGCUUUGGCUCGAACCGAUACGGUCAGUUGGGCUACGGCAACGUGGAGAGUCUGGGUGAUGAGCCGCUAGAGGUUGGUGUGCAGGUACCGGUCGUGGACUUGGGGGAUCCUCGAGGGAGCGAGGUUCUCCAGGCCUGCGCUGGUGAUGAUCACAGUUGCGCACUGCUUCGGGGUGGUGCUCUGAAGUGCUGGGGGAGCGGUGCCUUGGGGCAACUCGGUUCUGGCAACGCGACCGGCAUUGGCGACGAGCCCAACGAGAUGGGGCAGCACCUCCCUCCGAUCGACUUGGGCCUGGGAGCAGAAGUCACUCAGGUCUCCUGUGGCGCGCAGCACAACUGCGUCCUGCUCCUGGGAGGUGCUGUCAAGUGCUUCGGUCGGAAUUCGGAAGGCCAGCUGGGCCUGGGGGACGUGCUGCCGGGACCUCAGUUCAGGCGUUAUGAGACUCGUGCGAUCAUGCCCGCUCGCUCAGCGUUUGACGGUUUUUCUUUCCCUGGACAGCCAAGGAACCGUGGAACUGACAGCUCUCACAUGGGAGAUUCCCUGCCCGCCUUGGACCUGGGCAACUUCUCAGCCAUCCACCUUGCUGCAGGCGAUCGGCACACCUGUGCUCUUUCCGCCGAAGGUCACGUGGCUUGUUGGGGCAUGUUGUUUCCUCAAGGCACGAAUGCGGGCGAUGAGCCUGGGGAGAUGGGGGAUCGGCUCCCGACGUUUGACUUCGGAUUCCCUGUGAUACAGGUGGCGGUAGGCCACGAUUACACGUGUGUGCUCUCAGCAGAAGGCCAGGUGCGCUGUUGGGGCAGAAAUUACUUCGCACAGCUCGGUCUCGGUGACACGUCGGAUCGGGAUGUCGACGGAGCGACUGAUGUCGACCUGGGCACUGGAAUGUCGGCUACGCAUCUUGCUGUGGGUGUAAAUUCCUUUCACUCCUGCGUGAUACUUCAGGAUGAAACAGUCCGGUGCUGGGGAUACAACAGAUAUGGGCAGCUGGGGCAAGGCAACAGCCUCAACGUAGGAAACGGCCCGGGCGAGAUGGGCGAUUAUCUUGAACCCAUGGCUGUCGACAGAGCCCAGAGCCUUGCAGUGGGUGGCCGGCACACUUGUGCCUUGCAGGUGGACGACUCGCUUCUGUGCUAUGGGCUGAGCAGAGAUGGCCAGCUUGGCCUGGGCAGGAGUGACGCAGUAGGCGACGAGCCAUCAGAGCUCGCCGGUUCCGGAGAGCUCCCCCCCCUCUUCGUCAGUCAGAAUCUGCGAGAGGGUCUGGAGGCAGUGCGUCUUUCCGGAGGGGACAGGACGUGGGGAUGGCUCGAGGUGCUUCACAACGGCUCCUGGGCACUGGUUUGCGACGAUGGCUUCAACUCAGCCGCGGCCAGGGUGGCCUGCAAGGACCUGGGCAUGGCUGCCGGAACGACUUUGCACUUCCUCUACCCGUCCAAUGGCACCUCCGCUGCCUUCGCUGUGGAUGACAUCAAGUGCGACGGCACAGAAGUCAGCCUCGGCGAUUGCUCAUUCAGGGGCUGGCAAGUCCAUGAUUGUUCCCAGCGAGAAGCAGCAGGCGCGCCAUCUUUUGUGUUACAUCGGUCGAACUGUGGGUUGCAUGGAGUCGACAACACGGAAGAGAGAACACAGCAUCGCACCCAGGACUGUUUGACCCACACGUCACAACUCAAACGUACAGCAGAACCAAGACAGCAACUCCAAUGGAGGAUGCGCGUUGCAGUCUUUCUCGGAAACUUGCUCGUCUGCUUCGAUACCAUUCUCGCGUUGCUGCGCGUCGGGGCAUGUCUUCGACAUUCAUACGAUCCCAAAAGAAGGCCAUUGAUAAUUGUAAAAAGCUUGCGUGCGCCGCCUCGGCAGCCGGGCUGGCCAACGCGGGGGGCAGCGUGCGUAGGACGGGUCGCAGAAGGGUCAGGGCCCCAAUAG